CGGGGCGGUGCCGUCCGAUCCGCGCUCCGGAGUUGGGGUUGGAGCCGGCACCGGGACCGGGGAAGGGAGCCGUGCCGUGCCGGAGGGAGCGAUGGCAGCCAUAAGGAAGAAGCUGGUGAUCGUGGGGGAUGGUGCCUGCGGGAAGACGUGCCUGCUGAUCGUCUUCAGCAAGGACCAGUUCCCUGAGGUCUACGUGCCAACCGUGUUUGAGAACUACAUCGCCGACAUCGAGGUGGAUGGCAAGCAGGUGGAGCUGGCGCUGUGGGACACGGCUGGGCAGGAGGACUAUGACCGGCUGCGGCCUCUCUCAUACCCGGACACGGAUGUCAUCCUCAUGUGCUUUUCUAUCGACAGCCCAGACAGCCUCGAGAACAUCCCUGAGAAGUGGACCCCGGAGGUGAAGCACUUCUGCCCCAACGUGCCCAUCAUCCUGGUGGGGAAUAAGAAGGACCUGCGCAACGAUGAGCACACACGGCGGGAAUUGGCAAAGAUGAAGCAGGAGCCUGUGAAGCCAGAGGAGGGGAGAGACAUGGCCAACCGGAUCAACGCCUUCGGCUACCUCGAGUGCUCGGCCAAGACCAAGGAGGGCGUGCGGGAGGUCUUUGAGAUGGCCACACGUGCAGGCCUGCAGGUCCGCAAGAACAAGAAGCGCCGGGGCUGCCCGCUGCUGUGAGCAGGAAGGGCUCUGCUCCAUGCCUGUCCCCGACCCUCUGCCCCAGAGCUGUCCCCAGGCACUGGGGCAUCCCUGUGCCACGCUGUGGGGCGAUGCCUUCGUUCCCCAUCGCUCUCUAUGAGCUGUGCGGUCUCUCUGCCUUGAGCGGGGCCGGCAGAAGCAGGGGCUGCUGGCUGUUCCCCACACUGUGCUGGCCCCAGCUGCCCCCUGGCCUUUAUGGACUCACCAGGGCUGUGCUCAGCCCUGCCCUGCAGAGAUGUGCUGCGAGGAGUGCCAGCAGUGCCCUGCACCCUGGGUCUGCCCCGGGGCAGUGCCUUGUCCCCACAUCCAGCAUUAGAAUGACGGUGCCUUCUUCGAGUCCGAGUUCCUCAUAGACUCUUAGCACCAGUAUGCUCAGCUGAGUAACUGGGAGAAUAAAUGCUAACUGGUAUUUGAGUAACUGUAA